ACCACGUGCUCGUAUCCACGUGAAACCAUUGCUAGUGGUUACUGGCAGGAGUUUGUUUAUUUAUUUAUCGAUUGCCCGGAAAUUUCUCUCGACCUCGCGUAAAAGUUUAUCGGAAUUCAAACCGUCAAUUUUGUUCGAAAAUUCCUUUGCGCUCACUGAAACAACAACUCUAACGUCAUGACCUAUCGCAGCCACAUCGUGGGUCCGUCGCGAGUGUUCGAUCAUAUCUACGAUCCGCUGUUCAUAGCUUCUGAUCGGAAGGACAUUUGUCGAGCAAACAAUGUCGCCCUUAGUCGGUCCGCCCCGAUUGGAAUAUUCCCCGUGUAUCAGACCAUGUUUAGCGAGCUGCCCCGGAUGACCCGAAACCAUUACGUGAUGCAUCGGAAUCCGCUGCCGUACUAUCCAGAUGUGCAGGUAAAAUCCGGAUGCAAACCACCGCAGAUUAAUGAUCUGUCCAGGAUCCUCGGAACGGAGCGUUCGAAGUUCUUCUGCCAUCCAACGGCGGGUGAAAGCGGAACGUUGGUUAAGAUGAGUGAUAGCAUUGACGAUUUUUGCCAUUGCGAUCAAUCGGUGGAGCCGCGAUGCAGAGAUGUUGGGUCGCAAACUGUGUACCGCGAAUCGUCAGCUCAGACGCAACCAUGGAUGCCAUCGGCUGUCCUGAAGGAUGCGGACUUUGGAACGGCUGAAAUUGUCUACGUGGCGGAGGUUAUACAGCACACUCGAUAUCCUGGGAUAAACGAGGUUGAAAUCAUCGAGCGAGCUCGCAAGAAGCGCAGCUGGGAGUAUGCGCUUGGCAGUUGCGAUUCCGUGGAGGAAUGGGCCCAGCAAAAGUUGGUUUUGCAAAUAUUCGAGUGGGAGGAGUGGGUUGCCCGCGAGCGACAAAUCGAUCGUUAUCAGAUGCUGAGGCUUCAGCUGGUAGCGAAGAUCAUGGAGAAACGCGAAAGGGAUACGAAGCAAGCCACCGAAAGUAAGAUGGAAAAUACGAAGAACAGAAUCAACGCGGAACGGAACAAAGCGAUGGAAAAGUUGAGGAUCAAUCAUGAACGAAAUAUCCGCAAGCUGGAAAAGAAACGGAUGGAUUCGAAGGCGAAUAAAUUCCAAUCCACGCAUUCGUCGAAAGCUGAUGAACCUUCUGCAUUGAUGGCUAGCUCUAAGAAAGGACAAUGUAAAAAAUCUUAUCAUUAUGAUCCUAAUCUCAUUGAAGUUGGUUUAACAAAACUUGAGCGGAAGACCACUGUGGCACACAAGCUGUCCGAUGUCAAUAAUCAGCGACCGGAACUGUGGAAACCCAAGCAGGUCUGUCGAGAGUCACAGAAAGGAUUUUGGUCGGAUCAUUUCCUCAAGAAAUUGUACGAAUCGCUGAAGCACUUUCGUCAUAUGAGAGAAUCAAAACCUUUACCACCGGAGUGUCUCAUCGUGGUAUCAUCUCCGACGGAAAGCACGCUCACAUCACCGCCCAUACUGAGUGAGGAGCGUGAAGAUGAUCUUCUCUAUCAGCAGGCCGUCCUGUUGCAAAAGCUUCUACGGGGACGUGCGACCCAGGAAAUGAUCCACAAGGAUUACGCCGCCGAUCGAGACAUGGUCGAGGAUCUGAUUGCAACGCAUCGUUUGCCGGUUGUGGAAGAAUUUUUCCCCAUCGAUGCCAUCAAAACGGGUAGCGUUCGUGAGAAAUAUUUGCACAUCCUGCGCAAUGAGCAGCUUUUGGAUGAGUUCAUCGAAACUAGCACUCACGCACAAAUGACCUCUCUGAUGACGACGUUGGAGCGGGAGUUGUCACGCCUCCAGAACGAACGGAACGCACAAGCGUUCUAUCUGUUGACCGAACAGGAGCGCUACUUCCGGGAGGCACGUGAGACGCGUCACAUUUCCGAGAUGAAAUUUCAAGACAACGAGGAGCUGGCUGUUUAUCUCGAAAAUGCGUUGCUGGAGCGAGUGGACGAAGAGAAUCUUGACCAAACACGUGCUAAAAUACAUGAGAUGGUUAGAAAAUUCGACACUGAAGCCGACCAGCGCAUCAGCUCGGUUGACGAGCCGGACCGAAGCCAGGACAACAUUGCUUCCUAUCUAAUGGAUGAAAUGAUGAUUCCGGACAUCUUCCGAAGAGCUGUGAGAGAAAACAUCAGAUUGAAGCAAAAGCCACUGCUGGCGGAAGCUCAGGAAGCCAUUUUCCAGAAAGUCGAGCUCAAACCGCUCGAUUCGGUACCAGAAGAGGUGAUGGAAGCACUCAAAGAGGAAACCGAGGAAAAACAGGAAGCGGGAGAUAUUCAGGAGAUGGCACCCGAUCUGGAGACACGCAAUGAAAGUCAAAUAAUUAUUGAAGGUCUACUGAGUAAUGUUAUCGAAAGUGCACUUUCGGAAAAUGAGGUUGAAGAGAUACCGGAAGAUGAAACGACAGAUUUCUUCGGGCUUGGCGUUGGUGCUGAGAGCGAAGAGGAAGCCGAGCAGGUAGCCAUUGAAUUGCUUGAUGAUAUACUCAGCCACGUGCUCGAAGCAUCCGAAACGUGAAAUCUAAUUUACAAAUCUAGUAAUGAAAUAAGUGUGAAAUGAGAUAAAUUUAAAGCAAUAAA